AUGCCCGGCCCUGAAGCGAACCUCACAAUCUCACGCAGACAUCUUGCAAUAGUUAGAUAUAUGUGUCAGCGGCAGUUUGUUUAUGAAAAAUUGCUGAGAUAUACGCGUGCGCCUUCGAGUCUUUGCACAAGCGCGACCGCAAGUAGAAAAGUUUGCGCGACACUGGCGCAACCCUAUGCAUGUCCCCUCUCAAACACCAUUCAUACGUCAUUCAUCAUUCAUUGCGUUACGACGUUCCACAAUACCAAGGGCUUACAAGAAGCAUUUUUAUGGCAUAGUCCUUGUCAGUACACAGGUAUUGGAAUGGACCUCGACGGCUGCGAGUUAGCGUCCACUGGUAGAUACAUGGGAACAAAUAAAGGCCGCGCGGAAAUCCGUUCGUUCAUGAAAAACCAAGGAGACAUUAUUCUGUUGGUGAUGUGA